UUCUUGUUUCUAUGCCCUGCUACGCCAGUAAGUUGACUCACUGUACAAUACCUCUCCCCUUCACUCUACUGCAGGGUGGGAGAUGCAACAAUGUCCUUGAGAACAGCAGGAAGUGUGUUGGUGGUCUUUCUCUGGUCUGUAGCAGUUGUACUGGGGCAGAAUGUCUGGAGUGUGACUUACACCACUCAGAGUAUCUGUGUCUUGGAGGGGUCAACAGUGGAGCUGUCCUGCUCUAUCAGAUAUCCCAGUGGUACAGUCACAUCAACCGUCUGGUUCACUAAAUGGGGGACUGGUGUAGAACCUGAAGAUCUAGGUCAGGACCCAGAGUAUGCAGGUCGUCUGGAGUAUCAUGGGGAUAAGAAGAAUGGUCACAACCUGAGAAUCACAGACCUGAGAGAGAAAGACUCAGCUACGUACAAGUUCAGAUUUAUAACAGAUCAGACUGGAUGGAAAUAUACUGGUUAUCCUGGAGUCACUCUGUCUGUCACAGGUCUUCAGGUGAAGGUGACUGGUGGACAUCAGGAUAAGACACUGACCUGUAUCACCACCUGUACUCUGACUGGUAACCCCACCUACAUCUGGUACAAGAACGGACAACAUCUAGAUGAGAGCACCUCCCCCCAGUACAAAUACUCAGUCUCCAGUAACUAUGAGGACAGCUACUCCUGUGCUGUUAAAGGUCAUGAGGAUCUCCACUCUCCUGCAGUGUGUGUUCAGGGUCAGAUCUGCUACAGAGUAACUUACACCAAGAGGAGAAUCUGUGUCUUGAAGGGGUCAACAGUGGACAUAUCCUGUACUUAUGUUGGUUAUUAUUCCACCACAUCAACAUUCUGGUUUAGAAGUGAUAAGUCGACCCCUGAAGACCUAACCAGAGACCCAGGGUAUACAGGUCGUGUGAAGUACACUGGAACAUACAGAUGUCCCUUCACCCUGAGAAUCACAGAUCUGAGAGAGGAGGACUCAGCUGAGUAUCGCUUCACUUUUAAAACAUACAACUUUGAAUGGGGUCAUAGUUUCCCAGGAACAACUCUGUCUGUCACAGGUCUGCAGGUGAAGGUGACUCCUGCUGCAGAGGGACAGAAGACACUGACCUGUAUCACCACCUGUACUCUGACUGACAACCCCACCUACAUCUGGUACAAGAAUGGACAGAAUGUACAAGAUAACUCCUCCCCAUGUACUCCAUCAGCAGGGGUGGAGCUGGAGAGCACCAGGCUGGUGAUCAGGACCAGGAGGAUGGCUCCCAUCAACGGUGACGAGUGUUUCUUCUGGAGGACCACCGGCUGUUUCUAUGGUGACAAAUGUCACAUCAAACACAAGCCUGACUAG